AUGGCAUUCAACCAAUUUAUCCAAAGUCUGGACCUCAGCAACAACGAGGCCCUCAAAGUCCGGGCCCUACUCCAGUCCAAAGUCACCGAUAGCCUUGAGCAGGUAGCUACCAGCAGCACCGGUCAGAACGUGGCGCUAGCAUCAUCCAUCUCAAAGAUCGUCUUCCGCGAGAACAUCGGCUGGAUAGGGCCCGAAUCCGAAACCUACAUCGCCACAUGCGAAGCAAACUGGUCCGCCACCUGUCACUUGAACCCCUCAUGCAUCAUCCAGCCCGCAGACAAGCACGAUGUAGCCAAGGCCCUCCGAAUCAUCACUACUCUCAAAGUCCCCUUUGCAAUCCGCAGCGGCGGCCACAACCCUAAUCGGGGAUGGGCCAGCGCCGGUGAGAACGCAAUCCUGAUCGACAUGAACCGCAUCUGCGAUGUGGUUCUCAGCCAGAACAAGAAGACUGUGGAGAUUGGCCCCGGAAACCGCUGGCAGAAGGUGUACGAGACGCUGGACGGAUCUGGGGUCUCUGUCAUCGGUGGACGCACGGGCGAUGUUGGCAUUGGCGGGCUGAUCCUCGGGGGCGGGUUUCCGAGUUUCUCAAGCGAGUAUGGUCUGGCGUGUGAUAAUGUGAGAGCUUUUGAGGUGGUGCUUUCGGACUCGUCGAUUGUUAAUGCUAGUCGGACGGAGAAUCCGGACCUGUUUUGGGCUCUCAAAGGCGGCGGUUCUAAUUUUGGUAUUGUCACCAAGUUCACCUACUGGACUGUCCCAAUUGAUAAGAUCUGGUUUGCCGCCCGUAUUUACGAACCCUCGGUCAACGGUCAGAUUCUCAAGGCAAUUGAGGAAUGGCAAAAGGCUGCCGAGAAUGAGUCCCGGGGAUCAAUCAUCCACCAUAUCGGACACAAACGAACGCUGCUGGGUUGGAUCUACUCCUCGCCUGUGGAGUUCCCUCCGCUAUUCGAGAUGUUCUAUGACAUUCCGUAUGAGUCGUCGUUCGUGGAGUCGACCAUUGGCACUAUUCUCGAUUUUACCAAAAGCACAUCCAACAGGGUUCUAGGAACACCGCAGAAGCUGAGACGCGAUGCGUUUGGAAUAACCACCCGACCCAGCGCCGACUUCUACACGCUGGCAUACGACCGCUGGCGUCAGGUUACGGACGAGCUCUAUGAACAGACUGGGUGUGAUAUGGGCAUGGUGGUGCAGCCACUGACCACAUCCGCGAUGAAGAUCGGCCGGGAGAAUGGAGGAAACGCGCUGAACACAGCGGUGGAGCCUCAACAAUGGAUGUCCUAUCUGGCACAGUGGGUGAAGGAAGACGACGACGAACGCGUUCAAAGAGCGGUGUUCGAAUUGCGUGAUUAUUUGCGAGAGACUGCAGUGCAAAUGGACAUUUUGCUGCCGUUUGUCUUUAUGAAUAAUGCGACUUUUGCGCAGGAUCCUCUGACCGGCUACGGAGCUCAACACAUCGCGCGGAUGAAGGAGGUGAGCAGGAAGUACGACGCCGAGCAGGUGUUCCAGACUCUACAGGGUGACGGGUUUUUGCUCCGAAAGGUCUAG